AUGGAUGAAGAAAUCACCAUCACAGAACUUGUUCAUAAAUUCAAACUAAAUGGAAAAUUUGAUUCUUUAAGAAAGGAGAUCUUAACAAUAUAUAAAAAUUCGAAUACUGGAUUACAACUUAAAUCUAAACUUGAAGAAAUAAUUAAAAAAGAAAUAGACAAUAAUCACACAUUAUUUACUCAAGAUCGUGGAAAGACUGUUAUAAUGAUCAGCAAUAUAAUUGAUAAAAGUGAAGUUUACAAUCAUGCAAGAGAAUUAAUGAAUGACACAAUAUUUAUGAGCAAAGAAUUUCGAACAAGAGUAAAUAUAAUUAUGCAGGAAAUCAAAAAUGAUCUUGAAAAAAUAACAGAAAAAGGAAAUACUUAGUAUUGAAUAAAUCAAUCAUUCACAUAAAAAGGUAGACAAUUAAUCUAGAAAAAUAUAAACAAGACAGAAAUAA